AUGAGCUCCUCGUCUGAGGCUAUUGAGCCAGAGGACCUAUCCGCCGUGCCCUUUCUGGUGACAGCCGAACGGCAGUCUAAUGUUAUUAUGGUUCUCAGUAGCAGCAGUGACGACGAAGACGAGUUACCAGGUGCUCCGCUCCUGCACCGUCUCCACGUCCCUGAGGCACGACUUGAAUUACAUAGGAGUACCUCAUCACGUGACCCUCUAACAAAACCACUAAAGGGGGCUGCGAGGUGUCCCCCAAAGCAGCCAUCCUUCUCGCACGAGCCACUAGGUGCAUCAUCGUUAUCCUCCAGUGACGCUGCCAAGGUCCCCCAUCCCGAGAAGAGAAAGAAAAUAGAUGGAAAGAAGAUGGAUGUUGUCACGGUUCAUAUAGACCCUGUUCUCCUACAGGAUGGAUCAGGGGGAGUAGUGCUAAGUGCUCUUCAGGCCCAGGAAACUCCAUGUGUUAUCCAGUCACAUCCAGUGUCAAGGAGCAUCACUUGGAGCCGGAGUGGAGUGAACAUAGAUGGAGAUGCUUUUAGCCAAGAAGAUGCAGAAAUUCUCGUUCUUGUUCCAGUGGAAGACUUUGUUGCCAUGAUCCUAAACCAUAAAAAAGGAGCUUCUGAGAACAAUGUUACUUUAAGCAGCUUUGUAGCAAAUAUUGUGGCUAACAAAUCAUGUGCCAUCCCUUCACUGGUGGUAACGGAGUUAGAGAAAUACUUCAAAAAUCAGAAGACGAAAGAUAGGAAGAGACUUAAGGAGGUUAUUCGGGGAGAAGCUGCCAAAGACAAAGGGCAUAAAAGGAUACACAAGGGAGAACCUCAACAACUGAGCAGGGUAGAUGUAGAAGAGGCCCUGAUGGUCUUACAGGUCUACAAAGAUGUCUAUGUUUGGUUCCUGGAAACUGCAAAGGAGUUCUCUGACUUUGUCUGCAUGUUUAGCAAAGCAAUGACUGAGGCUCCAGCCAAGAGGCAACGGGAUAAUUCAUCCUUUUCCUUUUACCUGGAUGGUGAUUGGGCCAAGGGGCUAAAAGUUGAACGCUGUGGAAAGGGUCUGUUGGAGGUAUGGAAGAAGCAAAUGCAACAGUUCAACAGAGUCAGUGUGGAAGUGGCAAGUGCCGUAGUGGCAGUCUAUCCUUCUCCUCAGUUACUGGUUAAGGCUUAUCAUCACUGUAAGGCAGAUGCAGAGAGACACAAUCUUUUAAGUGACAUCCUUGUGCGGCGUGGUGAAGGCGUGACCUCUACCUCCAGACGUGUGGGCCCUGAACUGUCCAAGCGCAUCUACCUGCAGUUUAUGUCUUCAGAACCAGAGUUAUCACUUGAUCUGUAAUAGAACAGGAUAUUAUGUGACUUAUGGGAAGCUUUCAUGUUUAUUUUCAUUUAGUUUCUAUUUGCUUCCACACAAUGAGGGAUAUUUAUCAAAACCUGUUCAGAGGAAAAGUUGACUCAUAGCAACCAAUCAGAUUGCUUCUUUCUUUUUUUCAGAGGCCCUUUUUAAAAGGAAGUGAUCUGAUUGGUUUCUAUAGGCAACUGGUCAACUUUGCCUCUGCACAGGUUUUGAUAAAUUCCCCCCCCCCCCCAUUUAUUCUUGUUCACUAAAUUCUGAAAUGCAUUUUUGGCUCAAAUUGCCAAUGAAUUUACUUGUCUAGAAUCCACAUUCUGGUUGUUACCAAGAACCCUGUAUCUUUAAAAUUUUGAUAUAAAAAUUAGCAAAAAUGGUUCUGCCUGUUAAGUAAUUUUUCCAUAUUUUAACUUUACUUGGCAAGAAGUAUAGAACAUUAAUAAAUAUUUCAAAAACACCUAAUACACUUCUACAUGUAAUCCCGUUUACUUUCUAACAAAUGUUUGUUUUCUACUGAAAAUGUAUGUUAUGCUGUUGCAGAUUUUUAGUGCUGACUUUGCAAUGAAAAAAAAGUCACAUUAAAAUCAGCAGAUUGUUUUGGAAAUUUGUUGCAGAUUUAGAUUUUCCUAUUUAAAGUCCAAGGUAAAAUUUUGUAGUAUAUCUGCAACAUUGUUAUGCUGCAGAUGUAAAAUCUGCGCUGUAGGUCCUUUUCCAGGGGGAUUACAUGCAGACUUUUUUUUCUGCAGUAUGUUGAUGAUAUUUCUUAAAAUCUUGAUGACAUUGCUUUUACUGUAAUAUGCUAAUUUCCACAUUCAUUCUAUUUUCCCAUUGUAAAAACAGGGUACGUUAUUUCAAAGUAUACUUUAUUCCAGGUUGGAAGCUGUGUUCCUUGUUUUUUUAAAGGAUUUAUUUUUGCAAUUUGUAAAAGGUACAAUCAACAACAGAACAGCACUCCUGGUAGUUACUCCAGUAGUGCCCAGAUAGCUGGGAGGCAUUAACAUAAAUAAAAACAGCCAAUAAAGAACCCCCUUCCACAGCAAAAACUAAACAGAAGUAUGGCUCACUCUGUGCAAGCCCUGGAGUAGAACAGCCCAACAAAGACCACAA